AUGGAUCCUCAGCCUGCGGUAGCUGCAGAAAAUACGAUUGUCAUCAACAGCAGCAUACCUUUUCCAGAGCCUCUCAAAUUAGAUGGAAAUUUGCGAGAAAACGUGGAGCUGUGGAAGGAUUCCUUUGAAACAUAUGCAAUAGCAUCGGGAGUGGAACAGUUAUCGGAACGCGUAAAAAUUGCUACAUUCAAGUCAGCACUAGGCCCCGAUGCACGAAAGAUUUUUAACUUGUGGCCUCUAGAGGAAGAGGAAAACAACACGGUCGCGGCAUGUUUGCAAUCGUUAUCGACGUACAUGAUCCCGCAGAAAAACGUUAAGCUUGCGAGAUACGAAUUCAAUCAGUGUCAUCAGGAACAGGAAGACAAUGGCAACGGAGAAACCAUGACGAGUUUCAUCAACAGAGCCAGAGCAUUGGUGAAAGAAUGCAACUAUGGGAAUUUGGAGGACGAAAUGCUCCGUGACAAAAUCAUAACGGGCAUCCGUGAUAUGCAUCUGAAAAAGAAACUGAUCGAAACAGACAAUUUGACGUCAGCACGAGUAAUUGAAAUGUGUCGAGCAGAUGAAGCAACGAGAUUGGAAAUGGAACGAAAUCAGUGGUUGACCACCGUGCAGCCUCAUUCUGUAAACAGCAUUCCAGACCAACAGAAGAUCAACAAACAAUGUUCCUUUUGUGGAAGGGCAUACCAUAAAAGAAUAAUCGAUUGUCCAGCUCGCGGCGCCAAUUGCAACUAUUGUGGGUUGAAGAAUCAUUUCGAAGCCGUCUGUAGAAAAAAACGGGAUAACAAGCAACGCAGUUCAACCCGCACUGAGAGACGCAACCGGAAAAUAAACACUAUCGAAGAAAAUGAAUUACAUAGCGAGUCACAGAAGUGUGAAAGCGACCAGGAAUCAGUAGCAUUGUGCCAGUAUCUUUACAGUUUAAAGCAGAAGGAUGAUGCAUUACUGAAAACCAACUUAACUUUUUUAGAUGCAAACAAGUGUAAGCGUCAAGUACAAUGCAUUCUCGAUUCGGGUGCUACGUGUAACGUCGUUGGAGUUGAUAAUGCCAGGAGGAUUAUCGGUCGUGAGCGUUUAUGUUUGGAUGAUCAGCGUGCAAUCCUGAAGGUAUUCGGUGGAGGAAAAAUUCGUUCCAUGGGUAGAACAACAAUUGACUGUGUGCAUAACGGAAAUUGUUACAAGGCUAUCUUUCAUGUAGUUGAUUUCGAGCAAAUGCCUUUGCUAUCUAUGAAAACUUGUCUACAACUUAACCUUAUUCAGUUGUGUUUCUCGGUCGUUGAACAUCAAAAAUCAGCAGCAAAGCAAAUUUUGAACAAGUAUACAGAAGUUUUCGAUGGACUUGGAAAAUUGGAAGGACGACUACAUUUGGAUGUGAAUAGAACAAUCAAACCGGUGAUUCAGCAUCCACGACGCAUCGCAGUGACAUUGAGAGAAGAAUUGCGUCGAGAAUUAGAAAAUCUGGAGAAGUUGGGAGUAAUCGCUGAGGAAAAGCGUCACACUGACUGGGUAAGUAACCUAGUUCUGGUGAAACGAAACAAUAAGCUACGUGUUUGUAUCGAUCCUGUGAUGCUAAAUAAAGCCUUAGAGAGACCGCAUUAUCAGAUGCCUACUCUAGACGAGCUAUUACCUGAGCUAACAAACGCAAAAGUGUUUACUACGGUUGACGCAAAGUCAGGUUUUUGGCAGAUUGAGCUCGACGAAGAAAGUUCUAAGUUAACCACAUGUUGGACGCCUUUUGGACGUUAUCGUUGGCUUCGGCUGCCAAUGGGUAUAUCUCCGGCCCCAGAAGCAUUCCAACUCAGAGCAAAUGAAACAAUCCAAGGACUUCGAAACGUUAAAGUGCUGAUGGAUGAUGUUAUGAUUUAUGGUUGCGGGGAUACUGUAGCUGAAGCUAUGAUUGAUCAUAACAAAAACUUAGAAGCCUUUCUCAAGAGAAUGAAUGAAAAGAACAUGAAGCUAAACCCAGAAAAAAUAAAACUUUGUCAAGAAACUGUCAAAUUUUUCGGACACAUACUCACUGCAAAUGGUGUUCAGCCAGAUCCAGACAAAAUCAGUAGCAUCUUAGAUAUGCAUCAACCGAAAGAUGUCGCAGCAGUUCAACGUUUUCUAGGCAUGGUAACCUAUCUGGCGCACUACCUUCCGAGCCUUUCAACCGUCGCGGAGCCUUUACGACGAUUAACAAUGAAGGAUCAGAAAUGGAUUUGGUCUACCGAACAAAAUACUGCGUUUGAACGUCUUAAACAAAUGGUAACUACCGUACCAGUUUUGCGAUACUUUAAUGCAACUAAAGAUACGGUCAUCCAGUGCGACAGCAGCAGCAUUGGUCUAGGAGCUGUUCUGCUCCAAGAAGGGCAGCCCGUCGUAUAUACAUCUAAAACGUUAACCGCAACCGAACGUCGCUAUGCACAAAUCGAAAAAGAGACAUUGGCUAUCCUUUUCGCUUGUCGGAAAUUCGAAAUGUAUAUACUUGGUCGACCAGUUACAAUACAAACUGAUCAUAAACCGUUAGUCAAAAUAUUUCAGAAGCCGCUAGUAGAAGCACCUUUGCGAAUCCAGAGAAUGCUUCUUGGUCUUCAGCGUUACAACAUAACUCUACGUUUUAUGCCAGGUAAACAUGUAGUAAUUGCGGAUAUGCUUUCACGUGCAGCAUCGAAUGAAAACGAUAAUACCAGUCGAGAAAUCUAUGACGUAUAUUCCACUGAGCUAGAACAAAUUUGUGUGUUGGAUUAUCUCCCCAUAUCGGAUGAGUUGGUUGAAAACAUCAGAAUGGCAUCAAAAGAAGACCCCGAAACCCAAAUGAUUGAACGCUACAUCAUCGACAAAUGGCCUGCAAAGUACGAAACAGUCCCGACCGUUAUUCAAGUCUAUUGGAAAUACAGACACGAGCUAAGCACCCACAACGGGUUGGUGCUACGAAACGACCGUAUUUUGAUACCUUGCAGUCUGCGAAAACAAAUUAUAGAAAAGCUUCAUAAAAGUCACUCCGGAAUCGAAGCAACUACCAAACUGGCUAGAGAUACGGUGUUUUGGCCAGGUCUCACCGAUCAAAUCCGGCAGCGAAUCCAACAUUGCAACAUUUGCACACAGUUUUCAGCAAAUCCACAAGCUCAACCGAUGCAGACGCACCAAAUCCCAUUAUAUCCGUUUCAGAAGAUCUCUAUGGACAUUUUUGAAUGUGAAUUAAAAGGUCAAAAGUUUGUAUACCUGAUCACCGUCGAUCAUUAUUCAGACUAUUUUGAAAUUGACGAAUUACGUACUCAAAGUGCGGCAACUGUAGUGAAAAUAUGUAAACGAAACUUUGCAACGCAUGGGAAGCCUCAAGAAAUUAGUACUGAUGGAGGUCCGCAGUUUAUGAGCGAAGAUUUCAACGCUUUCGCAAAACAAUGGAGUUUUAGACACAGUGUUUCGGCACCUUACCACCAACAAGCUAAUGGGAAGGCAGAAUCAGCUGUGAAAAUUGCUAAGCUGUUACUAAAAAAAGCGAACGAAUCGAAACAGGAUUUCUGGGAGCUACUUCUACAGUGGCGUAACACUCCGAACAAAAUAGGAAGCUCGCCAGCACAGCGUCUCUUCAAUCGGCGAACACGUUGUGGAUUGCCUAUGGCCGAAAAGAAGUACGCACCAAAAAUAGAAGAAAAUGUACCCGAAAAAAUAUAUCGAAAUCGUCAGCAAACAAAACUCCAUUAUGAUCGAAAGACUCGAGCACUUCCAGACCUGGAAAUUGGACAGCCAGUUUAUGUGAAACUUAAUCCAGGAAACAAACAAUGGGCUAGAGGAACUGUAACCAAUCCGGUGACUGAUCGAUCUACCGUCGUAUCCAUCGGCGAUCGUGAAUAUCGUCGAGACAAUAUGAUGAUUAAGCCGGCCAAUCUGGAAGCACCAGUCUAUGCAGAAUCGAUUCCAUUUAACGCGGAAUCAACCUCUCCGGGUCGAAUUAGACAACAACCAAUGCAAACGAGUAAUGCUGUUCCGGAGGUUUCCCGUCCAAAACGUGUCACACACGCUCCCGUUAAAUUCAAUGAUUAUGAUUUGUAUUGA